UUGUGAAUCCUGCGAUACGAAGAACUUCGUAUGUGCGAAUAUAGGUCCAGACUAAACUCUAACAUUGGCUGUGGCGAGACGCUGCGAUUUCACACUUCCAACACUUCUUCUCUAUCUUGCUAACGAUUGGAUUUUGUGUAAAUGUCUUUCUCUGCUGUGCGCGGGGGAACGCAAAGGUAUCGUAAAUGAAAACGAGUACUUCUUCUCCAUGCGGAACUUCUACCAAUUUCUACCUCCGUUGUCUGUUCUGUUUUUUUUUUUCUCUCUGUCGCGUGAUAUUUGAACGCGCGACGAUAGACGCGCGCAAUUGAUUUUUCGCGCGGUUGAUUCGUGCGCUUGCGCCGUCGAUCUCUGUUGCGAUGUUCGCGAUACGUAUUACACGCAGUUUUAUUCAUUUUUUUUGUUUACCGUAAACCGAUUCAAAUUAUAUAUAUCAGCAAUGUAUCGCAACUGUAUACGGAGUUAUUAGCAGAAUAACUGAUUUCAAAACUGUGUAAUGCAUCAUACUUUUUGCAUUAUUAUAUUUUCUUUUUUUAAGUAUCGCGCAUUUAAUCGUUCAGAUAUACAUAUAGUGGUAAGUAAUGCGUGAAAGAUUCAGGUAAGAUGCUGAUAGUAUGCGUCAUCAUCUUGGGAGAUUCAGACAGAUGACUUCGCAAAAAUGAUCGGAAUGAUUUUCCCUGUAUGGUUCGCUGUAAAGUCUUCAUUUUCGAUGAACGAAAUAUUAGAGAAUAUAUGUUAUAUAACAAGGAAGCAUUUCGAUGCAUGUAAUUUGUAAAACAUUGUAGCAACCGAAUAGAAGUCGUACUGUAUUUUUCUUAAAAAAUAUAUAUGUAACGCUAAAUUUAUAAAGGCCUCCAAUAUUCUUGCUUCAUAUCAACAGCAACGAUAAAACAUACCGAGUGUGUAUACUUUGUAAAAUGAAAAGAACGAGUAAGUAGUAAAUAUAUGUGUGCUUUUCCAAGGACCUGACACACAUCAACGUGAAUACAUUAUUCUGGUUUGAGUUAUUCCCCACUAGUAGUCUAAUUGCGUAAGAUAGAUAACGUAGUGCAUUGCAUGUAUAGACGAGAAAUUGAAAAAUAAUCCGACUUACAUUAUAAGUGUUGUGAAUUACGUGUAGAUUUCAAAGAAUUUAAUUUACGCAUCAGUUCCAAGAUUUACGCGAUAUAUUAAAAAUAAGUUCAACGUAUGUUUGUACACGAAAAAUAUCUAUGAUCAGUCAUUCAUAAAAUAUUCGUGUGAGAUAUAUAUUUUUGCAUUUCCGUUUAAAUAAAGUAGGUCUAAAGAUGAAGUGAUUUUCCGGAGCGAGUGACGAAAUCCAUUCAUAAGUAAACGUUGCUCUUAUCGUGAGAUAAGACUACUUUAGAAUGAAAUUCAUUUUUCACGUAGAGAUUGAUAAUAUUCUUAUGUAAAUUCUGCUAAAAAUCCACGUGAUGUCAUUUGACCCUGCGUCGUGAAGCACGGAAUUGUUCUGCAGAAUUCAGUGGCGCACCGUCGCCAUACGUGUACGGAACCUUUGGAACUAUCUACAAACAAACGAAAGUCGUGUUCAAAUGGCGCGAGACUUACGGGAGGGUCUCCUACUGGGCAUGGGUAAUCCCCUUCUUGAUAUUUCAGCAACUGUAGGUAGCGACUUUUUAAAAAAAUAUGGUUUGAAUUCAAACGAUGCUAUUCUUGCUGAAGAAAAACACAAGCCCAUGUAUGAUGAAUUAAUAGAACUCUAUCAGGCAGAUUUUAUUGCUGGUGGUUCUGUGCAAAACACUAUGAGAGUAGCACAAUGGUUCUUGGAAAAACCAAAAGUUGCAACUUACAUGGGUUGCGUUGGAACAGACAAGUAUUCAAAAAUUUUAGAAGAUAGAGCACGGGCAGCUGGUUUGAAUGUUCGCUAUCAGUAUACGAAUAAAGAACCUACUGGUACUUGUGCAGUUGUUAUUACUGGAAAUCACAGAUCGCUGUGUGCAAAUUUGGCUGCUGCUAAUUGCUUUUCAUCUUCUCACAUAGAAGAAACUGAAAAUAAAAAGCUUCUAGAAAUGGCUGAAUAUAUUUAUGUCUCUGGAUUUUUUUUAACUGUGAGUCCAGAAACAAUUCAAACGGUAGCUCGUCAUGCUUUUGAAAACAAUAAAAUGUUUAUGAUGAACCUUAGUGCACCAUUUUUAUGCGAAUUUUAUAAAGCUCCCAUGUUAGCUGCUCUUCCAUAUGUUGAUAUACUAUUUGGUAACGAAACUGAAGCAGAUACCUUUGCAAAAGUUAACGAUUUCCAAACUACAGAUAGAAAAGAAAUAGCCUUAAAACUGUCACAGAUGGAGAAAGUAAAUAAAAAAAAGCCAAGAAUUGUUGUGAUAACACAGGGUGCAGAACAAAUCCUUGUAGCAAAAGAUAAUACAGUAACAGAAGUUCCUGCUAUUAAACUCCCACAAGAAAAAGUUGUUGAUACCAAUGGAGCAGGAGAUGCAUUUGUAGGAGGUUUCUUGGCCCAACUUAUACAAGGUAAAAGCAUAGAAGUCUGUACCAAAUGUGGUAUUUGGGCUGCAACUCAAAUCGUACAAAGAUCUGGAUGUACUUACGAAGGGAAACCUAACUUUACACCUUGAUAAUUCUUAAUCAGUUAGUAAUUGUAAAUUCUGUACUUAAUAAAUGCCUUAACAAUUUUUACCCUAA